GUUCCCCUGCGGUCCGCCUCUAGAAGAGGAGGAGCAUCGCUCACGAGCGUUACGAAUGAUGGUUCACCUUGGUCAGCCAUUCGGCGCAUUUUUGCUGGCGCAGCAGCGUGACGGAGAGUACAAGAGGAUUGCGUCGGACCAUAACAUCAUUGCACAAGUCAAAGACAUAGCUUCCGUUGACAACAUGGAUGUCAGUUCCAUAGAAAUACUAUAGCUGUAUUUAAGGACCAGUCAGACCUCUCCGAGAAGCACUCAUCCUAAC